GAAGAGAGAAAGAUUUGGAGAGCUCUCUUGUUCUUUAUCUCGCGUCGUGACACCACAAGAGUCCACAUUGUUUUGAUCUUGCGCCAAGCAACAAACUACGGUACAAGCGCAGGUGACAGCCACCACCGAUUCGAUCAUUGUUCCAACCUUGAGAAAUCAAGGAGUUUGUAGGAACUUGUGAGAGCUAUGUCCAGCUAUGAUGAUCAUCAUUGUCGCUUUGUCAAUGGCGAUCAAUUCCAGUUCCUCGACUAUAGUUUCCAGUGCUUUGAUCACCAAAUGUAUGAUCGUCAAGCCUGGAAAGAUUUGGCAGAGUAUGCGACUAGUUGCGUCAUCGCCGGCGACGAGAGAGUAGAGGACAAUUCCAAGAUCAUAUCAUCAUCCACGAGAACCUUCACGCCAAGUAUGGAUUUCGCACACUGCUCCAGUCUUUUCACUUCCAAUCCAUCACCGAGCGUCGAUAGCAGCAGCUACAAUCAAGCCUCUAGAUCACUACAUUCCCCCGACAGGAGCAAGCCCAUCACGCUACAAGCUCCUCCACUCGAUCAUCGCCAAGAGGAGCUCUUCGUCUUUGGAGCGAGCAGUAGUAGCGGCGGAGUAGCAAUGAAGAAUCUUUUCUAUACUUGCAAGCGCUCGGCGAUGGCGGAGGAGGAACAACGAGAAGAGGAAUCGUGGAGCAAGCCCAAGAGGAGGAACACGAGGAUUUCCAAGGAUCCACAGAGCGUGGCGGCGCGGCACCGGCGCGAGAGAAUCAGCCAAAAGAUCCGGACGCUCCAGCGACUGGUUCCAGGAGGCACAAAGAUGGAUACCGUCUCGAUGCUGGACGAGGCCAUUCACUACGUCAAGUUCCUCAAGACCCAAGUCCACUCGCUCGAGCUCCUCGGGUUCCACAGCCCACUAGCAGUCGCUCCUCCGGCAAAUCCCUCGAGCCACUUUCCACUCCCGAUCGAUCGCUCGCAGAUGGCGUCGUGCUCUUCGUCUCAUCGGUUCUUCCCUUCGAUCGAUCACAGCAGUGAUAUCGAAAGCCAGCACUUCGCUUAUCGUCACCAAUCCCCAUAGCUGUCCAGACAUUCCAAUCUCGAA